UUCUACCUUACUCCGACCCGAACAUUAACUUGAUGUUAAUCUAACCUUACGAAAAUAAAAAUAUAAUUUGUUGUGAUUUAUGUAUAUGUUAACGCGAGCUGUGACGUCACGAGGCGCUCAGUGAGGGAGCUUUGAACGUGUGAGUCAAGUGUUGUUCCUGGAGCCUUGUGGGUCACCCCUUCACUUGCUGGGUCAUCCCUUGCCCUCCUGGGUCAUCCUUAGCCUCCUGGGUCACCACAACCUGUUCUACUGAGAUGGAGCCUAUGACUUUGGGCAGCCCCGUUGGUUCUCCGACAGCCACCCCCCAUGCUCCGCCUGCCAGCACAACACCCAGCACAUUUCUUCCCUCCUUUCUCAUGGGGGAUAUAGCCUCUCCGUCAAGUGGACGUUUAGGUGGUGGUGGAAGUGCCAGCCCAAAUAAAACAACCCGUCAAUUUUCGUCAUCGGCAUCAGUGUCCUCUCCAGGAUCUCCGCAGCCAAUGAAAGACCCAUUUUUUCCUUCCAGAUUAGGACCAGAUAAGCCAGGAGGACCCCCAACACAAGGCCUAAUAGGUGUUCGAGGCCCAUCUUCUCUGCCUCAGUCUCCAAUCUCUGCACGUCUUGGAAGCCCGUAUGUUGAUCAACGUAUUUUAGGUACUCCAAUUGGACCACAAGCAUAUGGAGCACAAGGAACCCCAAGUUAUUAUGGUACACCUGGUUCACCUUUGGUCCCCGCCUCGCAGUCGGCCUACAGCAACAGUGUCUUCACACCUUCCAGAGAUCAUUCCAGUUUUCUUGUUCAAGAUCCAUUACAAGUAUCUGCAAGUGAUGCCAUGGAAGAUACUUGGGUAACAGUGUUUGGAUUCCCAGCUGCCGCAGCUUCAUAUAUACUAACUCAGUUCACCCAGCUGGGCACUAUCACAGAGCACCGCAAUCCUGGCACAGGAAACUGGAUGCAUUUAAAGUAUCAGACGAAACUACAGGCGAGAAAAGCACUGAGUAAGAAUGGGAAAGUGUUCAGUGGAAAUAUCAUGGUUGGAGUCGUGCCUUGCAGUGAUAAGACAAUUACUGGGGAUAAAGAGAACAUGUCAGCUAACUUGAGCAGCCUGAUGUCUCCUGAUAAUUCCCACCUAAUGAGCACUCCGAAAGCUAAUAUGAGGCCUCUGACUCAGGCAUAUCAGACGGCUCAUGCUGAACACGAGGUGAUACCCAAAGUCAACACACCAAAGAAGAACGACAGCUUGGUUUCUCGAGCAAUGCAGCACAUACUGGGAAUGUAAUUGGAAUUCCGUUUUCUAUUUUUUCCUCCUUUUGUUUUUCCAUCUUGUUGCAGAGACAUUGCAUCCUUCUUUGUUGUCCAUUGUAUCUAUUAUCUUCUACAACUCAAAUUUUAUUAAUGCUUUGAUAUUUCUGAUGUAUGUAAUAGUACAAUUCAUGUGAAAACCUAGUGCAAUGUUAGAAGAAUUUUUUUAGCAUUAAACCACCUGAAGGAACACUAAAUAUCAUGCUCCAGAAUGUUUGCCAAGGAUCUACAUGCAACGUUACAGGUUGAACAUACACCAAUUUCUACACAUGUUUACUGGAUAGGUAAUUUUUAUUAGUUUGUCUACAGUAAAUGAUUUAUUGGGACAAUACAAAUACAAAAAAUAAUAAUUUUUAAUAAAGAUUUUAUGUUCAUAUGUAUUGAAAUUCAUGUAUGAUUAGUGCUCAUUGAUGCAGUUAUAAUACUAUAUCUUUGUGUAUUUUAAAAUUACUCGCUCGUGCGUGCGCAUAUUUUCAAUAUCAAAAUAGACUAAAAAUUUGAGCACCAUUCUGUUUACUUCACACAUGUUACAAAACUGUAAUGCCUAUUGUUGGCCAUCUACAAAGAGUAUUGUAUGCUGCUACAUGCAGUGGUUUACCUUUUACUUUUCCUAAAUGACCUACAAAAAUAAACAUGCUUUUAUUAA